UUCCAACCUUUUUUAAAGGCACAACCACUUUCCAAUGUCCGUUUCUUCUCUCCUGCACUUUUGGUUCUGUCAUCCACCAAGCAAGCCACUUCGCUUCAGAAAUGCUAGCCGGAAUCUUCCUCUUCCAAACACUCUCUUGUAUAUACAAAUAGAAUCUAAAUGAGGUGUAAGAAACAUCUUUCCGACUUGAGUAGCGUCGUCGGCGUUUGCGCUACUUGUCUUCGUGAAAAGCUAUUCCUUCUCAUCGAGGCCCAAUCCCAUCUUCACCGGAGUUCCAACGCCGCUCCCGCCCCGCGUAUUGUUUUUCCUCAGUCCGUUUCGCCUUAUGCCUCUCGCCGGGAAUCUGAUACCGCCGCCACCUGGCGCCUCAGCCGCCAUGGCUUGGCGGAUCAGAGAUUCCAUGCUACUCCACAAGUCGGCCCAACUAGAGAACUAAUUUCCAAUAAGAAGGAUAAGAAGAAGAAGAAUUUUAGGUUUUCCUUGUUCCAUCAUAUGUUUAGGUCUAAAUCGGGUGAUCUGGAUUCGGAUUCGGAUGAUCGGUGUAACACUAUGCCGUCGUCGUCUCCUUCGUGGUUCUCCACAAUUCUCGCAGGUCGUCGGGGGAAGAAAACCCGGUCGCUUUCGUUAGACGAAGCUACGAUCGGAGUGAGGCAGAGAACUCUCCGGAAUUGCGACAGAGGAAUGUCGCCGGCUAGGUACUCCGAUGACGACAACGAAGAGGAUUACCAGGGCGGAUCGAGCGGGCAAUCGUCGCCAGCAUGGAAACAGACACCGAGAAGGACUCCGGCGUAUCAGAGAGGCGGCGGCGGUGGCAAAGCUGGUCUCAGCCGGAACGCGUUUUGUUUGAGUCCAUUAGUGUGGGCCAGCCCUAACCAACGCUGGAACCAGAAGGGGAUGCCGCCGGAGAUAGUGUAUCCCGGCGAGAUUAGAUCUCCAGCGAAGUCCCGCUUCCAUAAUGCGACGUCGUUCUGCAAGAACAGGUCGAGAAAACUUGCGGAUUUCGGAAGGUCCCGUCACAACCACUGAUGGGCGUUGACAUUUGACCCAUUCCGACGAUUACGACAACGACAGCGACCGUCAUUCAACCUUCUCAAAGUACUACUUUACCCUUCGUAUAUAUUGCCCUUUUCAUUUCUCAUUUCACAUUUUCCUAUACAAUUAACAAUUCUACCUCAAAUUCAAAAAUAAACUAAAGAAAGUGCUAUACCGCUAUUUGAAUUUGAUAUUUGUAUCAAGUAUUGUAUUAAACAAUAUUGUUUGUGAAAGUUUUUAUAAUUUUUUUUCUAUA